GUGUUUUAUUGACAAAUAAUAAACGUAAACAAACAAUUUUGAGUCCAAAGAGUUCGUUUCAUCAUGGAAUUUGCAAUAAAGGACAAUUACGAAGAGUUUGAAAUCAAACAAGAGCAAGAAGACUUCGAAACCACUUUCCAAAUCAUUGAAUUCGAGCAAAUUUUCAAAUCGGAACCGUUGCAAGAAGAAUAUCACGAUGAACGAAGCAUUAAAGACGAACCAAUCGAAGAUACAUUUCUGGACACUUCUGGCACACGACCUGACAUAAAACUGGAACAAAGGGAAGCGGAAUUUCAAGAGAAUCUGACUGUCGAUCCCGAGGAUACGAAAACAAAAUUUGUAUUAAUUCAUCGUGAUCACACUUACGCGCGUGCCUACCAACCGUUCAUCGACCGAAAUGGUAAACACAAUCCAAAGAUUGCAGAAAUCAAAAAGUUUUUGAAAAGGAAAAGUCAUCCAACCGGACCGAAGGAACCUCAAAUUUGCGAUAUUUGUGGUCAGAGCUUCGUCGUCUGUUCCGCAUUUGAUCGACACAUUCUCAGACACGGAAGUGCCCCGCAUUUGCUAUUCGAAUGCGACAUAUGCGGGACCAAGCGUAAAUUGAUGAAUCAUUUGAUGAAACACAUGUUGGUCCACACCAAGGUCCACACAAUACCGAAGAUCAAAAUUCCGUGUAAAAUUUGUGGCUUAUUGUACGAACAAAGGUAUUUGACGACACACAUGAGCAUACACAACACCCAGCCGAGCCUGGAAUGUACAAUUUGUGGUAAAUAUUUCGCUACACGAGGGAGACUCACCAGUCACAUGCGAUGUCACAACGAUAAGAAGAAGGCUCCAUGCAGAGUGUGUGGGAAGCCAUUUACGAUUCCUGGUCCCUUACGCAUCCACGAACGCAUACACACCGGUGAAAAGCCAUAUCUCUGCUGGAUUUGCGGUCUAAGAUUUCGGGCUUUAACCACAUGUAACACUCAUCUAACGGUGCAUUGGACGGGAAAGAAUUUCCCUUGCAAGCAAUGCGAUGCAAAAUUCAAAAAUCCCAAUUGUCUGGAUACUCACAGAAGGAAAGUUCACUGUCCGAAAACUAUGAAAGUGAAACCCGUGGUUACUCAGACACACCGAACAAUCAAAGUACCAGCUGCUUCGAAUAUUCAGCCGGCUAUCAGUCGGCCGAAUGUUUGUGUAUCGAAUCGAACGUAUUCUAAAAAAUUACAAGGACUGAACCAUUCUUAAAUUCUUAAUUAUUUUCGAUACGUUACGCAAGCGAAGGCUGUGUAAUAGGUCAACUCAUGGCAAAUAAUUGAUGUAC